CAACUUUAUUGUACAGACUUUUAUUGUGAAAUGUCAACGUUGCACUUCCGGGUCCCCGCUUUACGAACAGUCACUGCAGUUAGCUCCUAGCCGUAGUUGUGUGGAAAACGGCGACUCAAAAUGCGAGCGUCUUUAGUGAAUAUCGCUUUAUUUUCGACCCUGCAGCUUUUGUUGUCUCUGACGUGUUUUCAAGAGGUUGUCGACGCAGCCAGUGGCAGAGGGUUUGGAGAUAACAUCCACUGGAGGACGCUGGAUGAUGGCAAGAAAGAAGCGGAGGCCAGCGGACUGCCGAUCAUGCUCAUCAUCCACAAGAGCUGGUGUGGAGCCUGCAAAGCACUGAAGCCCAAAUUUGCUGAGUCCAAGGAAAUCGCUGAACUUGCACACAACUUUGUGAUGAUCAACCUGGAGGAUGAGGAGGAGCCAAAGGACGAAGCCUUCAGCCCCGAUGGUGGAUACAUUCCUCGGAUUCUUUUCCUCGAUCCCAGCGGCAAAGUCCAUCCCGAAAUCACUAACAAGAAUGGAAAUCCCAACUACAAGUACUUCUACAGCAACGCAGAACACGUCGUGUUCAGUAUGAAGGAGGCGCAGGAGAAGCUGACAGGCGACGCCUUCAAGCAGGGUCACACUGGAGAUGAGCUGUGAGGAGGCAGCAACGGGCAUCAGGCUGUAAGGGCUACACUUCCUCUACCCGAGCCUGUGCUUCAGACAGCGUCCUGUGAUAACCCCCCCACCCCCCGAACAAAGCCCUUUCACUAUUUAUACUCACGUUUCACACAGUGGGGUCCGUCCCACUGACCAGGCCAAGCCGACCGUGAAAAAGGCCUCGGUGCUUGAGUACUUCUUUUUGUCCUGUACGGUUUUUUCCCGACACUACUAUACGCGUUACUGUCUUUGGUUCUAUAACAUGUAUUUGUAAUCCACUGUUAAUUAAAUGCCAUGUACUGUACUUACUGUCUGUAGAGGAUACAACCAUCUCAAGCUAGCCAAGAUAACUUUCACUAACGGUCACUUGAUGUUCUUUUCACGUCAAAAUGCCACCAAAAAAAAAAAUUUAAUUUAAUUUGCUUUGUUUGUCAGGACAGCCGCUAAAGUUGAGUCUUCUUGGUUUUAGAAGUUUAACAGUCACAGUGUAAACAGCUGUGAGACUCAUCUUAAGCAGUAGAUUUUGUUUGUACCCAAAAACACCAACGAUGCAGUACUUCAUACUAGUGAAGAGAAAUAUUUCAACACCUUCAGUGAUGUGCUUCCAAAGAUCCUCUACAGUACGUUAAUUAUAUCUGUGAUGGUCUUUAACAUGCACUGCAACAUGUGCUCUGUACUUCUGAGUUCUAUUAUCCAGUCAUUAACACAAUAUGAAUUCAUUUAAUCCUGCCAAUUUAUCUAUAUUUACUCUGUAAUUGUUGUUUUCCUGUUCUGAAUUUCUUUGCUGCUUGUGAAGUGACACCACUUGGUUCUUUUUUGUUUCGUUUUUUAAACCGGCCUUGGUGAACUCUUGAAAUAAGGGAUGGAAACUGGUUAUGUGUCUUGAUGUAUUUUAUACAUGUACACAGCCAAGUGUGCAAAUAAAGUUUGUUGUACCGA